CCAAUCUCUUGUGACGUAAAUGAACUCUGCCGCUGGGUUACAUACGCUGUUGACUUCACUUGUCACCAGCGAACAUGCCCCUGUGCACUAGGUCACUAGAAGUCUAUGACCUUGUUCUUCAAUCAGGCACCGAAACUGCCUCGCCCUUGACUCUGGUCACUGUUGACAAUACGUAAACAGUCAAAGCGUGCUUUGAGCAGUGCCGGACCUGUCUCUCACCCCGAAGAUAAAAGCUUCCCAUACUCCCGUUCUUAGCCUUUUCUACCUAACAAGCUUUCUUUCCCACAAACCUUCUAACGUCUCGCACAAAUCUGCAGUUGACACCUAAGCAGUCUAUAAUCUUAUAACUUAUAUCACUACUUCUUCUACUACUUCCAUCUGCUUAGAGGAACCUCAGCGACUUAACGCCUAUAUACCUUUGACAGGUUCGGAGAUACGACACCCAUAACAUCUCUAUAAACACUCCCUGCCUCUCUUGGACAUCUGCCCAGCAUGUCGGACAUUUCUGACGCCUUCGACCGCGUCCACCCAGACUUUGUCGACUUGUUGAUCCGUAGCAACCUCCUCCCCGGCGAGGCAGGUGACGGCCUCUCGGAGUCAAAUCUGGCCAGGUUAAUUUACAUUGCUCUAGAACUUGCAGAGGAGGACGAGCAGAUUUUCCUGCUCUCUAGAAUCAUAACUGAGGAUGAGUUGGCCGUUGAGCGACUGCGCAGCCCCGAAGUUCGCAAUACCCACCACCGAGUCGUGCUGGAUCGCGUCGAGAGAAGGGCUGCUUUUCGCGAUGCCGCAAGCGACCCUGCACCUGAACGAGGAAACGGCGAGGACUGCCUUAUUUGUGGCGAGGACGCUCACGUUAGAGCUCCCUGCGGCUGCAACUAUUGCUUGACUUGCUACCGCGAAGCCAUUCGAGUCGGUCUUCGUUCCCAAGAAGAGUUUCCUCCCAGAUGCUGCCAGUCUUUCGAUGUACAGGCUAUUGAACUUGCACGCGCCCCUGCUUUGGUUCACCUUUUCCGUCAGAUGCAAGAGGAAGCUGAUGUGCCGAUCCACGACAGACUAUACUGCCACGACGGUAAUUGCGCAGCGUUCAUUCCACCUCAUCGUAACGGGCAUUGUUUGUUCUGCGAUACGCACACAUGCCGCGACUGCGGUGAGCGAGGCCAUCCAGGCCAGCCCUGCCGAGAGGGAGCCGCUGAAGAAGAUGUCUGGGCUACCAUGGACGAGAACCGAACAGUGAACUGUCCCGGCUGCGGCAGAAUGAUCGAGCUCGCAGAGGCAUGCAACCACAUGACAUGCCCCUGCGGCCAAGAGUUCUGCUUUAUUUGCGGUCGAGAGUGGCAUGCACACGAUUGUCCCCCCUAUGGUGGCUUUCACCUUAUGGUGCCCAUGAGGGAUCGUCCAGGUAGGAAGCCACCGCAGUUUCGUCGUCGCCCACACCGUACGGAGGAAGCGGCAGCGGAUAGGGCUGAUGCGAUGUUGAGAAUCCCACAGUUGCGUCCUAUGCCUGGUGAAGAGGAGCGAGUUCCGCUUAGAAUCGGGGGGCCACAGAGAGUUAUUCGACCUCUGGUGUUACCUCCUCCUCAGGAACCACAGGAGCAACGCCGUCGUGGGGAACAUCAUGGACGGGAACUUAAUCAUGGAGAAAGGAAUCGAGGUGCAUAUGAACAUGGGCGAAAUCGCAGACGAGCCGAAAGACGAGCUGGUGGGCCAGCAGAACCACGCAGAGUUGAGCCUCUAAUGCGCCGAUAUGCGCCUGAAAUGCGAAUGGAACGCCAGCGCGAGGGUGGCCGUGUGGUCGUCGAUGCUAUCAUGCCCGGCAUGGGCCGCAUGCAGAUCAACGAGCAACGCAUUGAGAGGCCACCGGCAAGAGAUGAUCGCCGUCCUCUCGGACCUCAUCCAAAUGAGAUGGAUGCACCUCAGAUAGACGGGCCUCGCCGUGACAUGGUAUACAACGUGAGACAUGGGUUCUGGGAGGACCUCGAGCCUCAGACCCCUCUUCCUCUGGACGCUGAGGACAGGCGCAGAAACAAUGAUAGACUUCUUGCGAUGAAUCGCGAAGCGGCUCGCCUGGCGCAGAAUCCACCCCGCCAGCAGGGCAGGAAUCGCGAAGUCGAGUAUAAUGAUCAUGAUUAUGACGAAGUAUUUAUCGAUUCCGAUGAUGAGGUAUACGGUGGCCCCGGUUUCGGCUGGGAUCCUCGUGCUCAUGGUUAUUGAGCAAGGUAAGGGAGAUGUCAUUUUUGCAAAUCGCACCGUCUUGAAGUUACAGAGCUUGGGCGCAACUCCUAACCUGGCCUCCGUAGAACUCUGCUCCUACGCCAGUCGAGGAUUGGUAUUGCAGUCGCGGUAGAAAAGAGGUGGGAGGAUGUAUUGGACAUUCUGUAGGGCCCAUUGGUGUCUAGUAUUCGAUUGAUGGGGUUGCUCAAGAUACAGUGAUCUUUGGCGUUUGAGGUGGAUACGGGGUGAUGCAGGAUACAAGAGGGAAUUAAAAUUUAUGGCAGUAUUUUCUUUUCCAGAUUGUGUU